AAAGGGCCACCUGCUCUAUCAUACCACUUUAAACCCGAGAACCUUACCCAUAUUCGGUUACAACCGUCGAAAAUGUUGAAUAAUAUUUUAUGCGCACUUGUUUUAACCAAUAUUGUAUUUUCAAAAUGUAAAGGUACUAGUGAGGAAACUGACAAAAUUUCUAUCGGAUAUAACGGUGCUCCUGAUGAUGCCAACCUUGAAAUACUCCACCGUCUGAAAAUAUUGGAGAACCUCCGCGAAAAGGAUGCUGAAGAAACCAUUGUGAUGAAGAAAACAAUGCAAAGUGACCAUCAUGUUUUGGAAAAAGCUCUUGAUGACAUAACAACAUUAAAGCAAGAAUUAGGAAAACUCCAACAGGAAAACAACCGUCUCCAUUCAAAACUCCAACAGGAAAACAACCGUCUCCAUUCAAAACUCGAAACGGUGAUGCUACAAAACGUCGCGCUAUCUACACAGUGUAAAAAGCGAUGUAGCGUUGCAGAAAAACUCGGCCACUCCCGUGAACCUACCAAUACUUUUAGUCUGGAUAGGGCUCCCGAUAAUAGGAAUAUUACUACCACGUAUGAUUCCGAACCCGCGGAACCUCGGACAGUUACACAGGACACCGUCGAUGCCAAAUUGACCAAUCCACCGAAUUCAAACCGAAAAGUAAUAAUUCGCCGAUCGCCGGUGCCAUUUCCGAGAACUAAACGAGUGGCAGAAGAUGGACAAGGAUCUGGAUUCUUCGCCAGAAGUAGUAACACAGCCCACUCUGUUGCCAUUGGCCAUACCAUCAUAUUUGACAGCGUUAUAACAAAUACACACAACGACUACAGUGGAUUCACGGGGGCGUUCACGUGCAGUACCCAGGGGCUUUACGUGUUUACCUGGACAAUACAGAUCAACGUACAUUACUUAAAAUCACAACUGCUGAAAAACGGGGCCGUUGUUGCAGAUGGUUUUGCAGGAGAUGACGGUACCCAUUGGACCACUGGGACAAGCACGGCAGUCCUAUCGCUGGCCCAAGGUGACGUUGUCGUGGUUUAUGUCUUGGAUCGACCAGGUGCCAUUGAUGUGUUACCGUAUGUCACGUCCUUCAGCGGAUUUUCUGUCUAAUGAAAAGAGUUGCUAUCAAUACAGGUCAAAACCUGAGGAACCACUAUAUUAUAUACAUGUAUGUUUAUAUCAGAAAUAAAUUUCUACACAAAUAUCAAAUGCCACUACAAUGACGUAUCACUUCAAUAAAUGAAACUUGUUUAUCAAAACGUUGUGGACAUCCAUCUAUAUUCACUGAUAUUGCUUGUUAGGUUGUCAACCAUGUAUCUUAUCAGAAUCUGUUCUGAUCGAUUUGAUUAAAGUCACCGACGUCAGCGGUACUGCAUGCUAACGCAAAGACAUGAACAGUUGCAUCAUCACUUGUUAAUGUUUUUUAUCUAUAAAUGCAAAAAAUAAAGUAAACAAUU